AAAUAUUCAUCUUUCUUUCUUUCACAGCAAAAGAGUGAAGAAAUCCUUUUCUAAUUCUUUUCCUCUCAACGAUAUGGCCAUUGUUGCUUCUUCUUCUUCUUCUUCUUCUGUCGUGAUCAACAAUGAAGUCUUCAUCAGUUUUAGAGGAGACACUCGUAAGAACUUUACUAGUCAUCUUUACUCUGCCUUAUGCCGGAAAGGCAUUCGGACCUACAGAGAUUAUCCGAAUCUCGAGAGAGGAGAAGAAAUUUCGCCUGCACUUUCGAGAGCAAUUGAGAAAUCGAAGAUUUCAAUGGUCGUCUUCUCGAAAGAGUAUGCUUCUUCUAGAUGGUGCUUGGAUGAGCUCGUGCACAUUCUCAGAUGCAAGAAUGAAAGAGGUCAGAUUGUUUUACCCGUCUUUUACAACAUCGAUCCAUCGGAUAUUAAAAAACUGACGGGGAGUUAUGCUAUUGCUUUUGCCGCACACGAAGAAUGUUUUGAGCCGAACAAAGUGAAGGAGUGGAGGGAUGCUUUGACUGCUGCUGCUGAUCUAUCUGGCUUUCAUUCACAAGAUGAGUAUGAAUCAGAAUUAAUUGAGAAGAUUGUGGAAGAUGUAUGGAGAAAAUUAAAUCGUUUGCCACAAAUUGCUAUGGAUUCUAAGGGUCUUGUUGGAAUAGGUGAACGCCUUGAGGAAAUUGAAUCAUUGCUGUGCAAACCAAAUCCUCGUGGCAUAGGCCUUUGGGGGAUGGGUGGUAUAGGCAAGACUACUUUGGCUCGUGCCAUUUUCAAUCGGUACUUUUAUCAAUUUAAAAGUCGCUGCUUUCUUGAAAAUGUUAGAGAAAAUUCGCAGAAAUAUGGACUGGCUCAUCUAGAAAUCAAAUUGUUUUCAACGCUAUUGGAUCUAAGAAAUCUAGAAACAGUCGACCACUUUGUGAGAAAUAGACUCAUAGGUAAUAAAGUACUCAUUGUUCUUGAUGAUAUUGAUGAUAUAGACCAGCUGGAGAAAUUGAUUGGAGAUGGUAGUUGGUUUGGUGAGGGAAGUAAAAUCAUCAUAACAACAAGAGACAAACAAGUUAUUUUGAGUGCUGACAAGGAAGUAUAUGAAGUUAAACCAUUAAAUUUUGAGAAAGCACUUCAACUCUUUCAGUUCAAUGCCUUUAGAACAAAGCCUUCCACGACAUUUUCGGAGCUGUCAAGAGAGUUAGUAAAUUAUACUGGUCGCAAUCCGCUUGCUCUUAAAGUUUUAGGUUCCUCCCUUCAUUCUCAAACCGUAGAAUAUUGGGUUAAUACAUUGAACAAACUAAAAUUAAUUCCCGAUCCAAAAAUUCAAAAGGUGUUGAAAAUAAGUUAUGAUGGGCUAGAUGAUAAGCAACAAGACAUUCUCCUUGAUAUUGCGUGUUUUCUUAGAGGGGAGACAAGAGAUUUUAUAGUGAGCGUACUAGAUAAUUGUGAUUUGUUUGCAAGUUUGGGGAUUGAAGUUCUCAUGAACAAGUCUCUCAUAACCAUUAUUAAGGGCAAAGUUUGGAUGCAUGAUUUGAUACAAGAGAUGGGUUGGGAAAUUGUUCGCCAACAAUCUAUUAAACAUCUUGGAAGGCGUAGUCGGUUGUGGAUUCCUCAAGACGUCUAUCAUGUCUUAGACAACAAUGAGGGUACCGAAGAAAUUGAAGGAAUAUAUCUUGAUAUACGUUUGGAAUUAUUCACAUCAUAGUAAAUUCAAAGUACACCUUACUCAAGGUUUGCAAUUUCUUCCUCGUUCUCUAAGAUAUCUG